GUGUUUUCCAAGCAUGGGGCCGACAGAACGCGGAGGUGGAGAUAGGCGGGCAGGUGGAUUCGAGCUGAACGCUCGACCAGUGGGACGUCCCCCGGUUUGGCACUGAGGGCCGCGAAUCAAAGGCGUGGGGAGGUGUUGCAAUUCUGGAUGUGCUAACAACCUGUUCUUUUUGGGAGCCGGACGUACAAGGGAGGCUUUCUCAGGUAGUGCUGCUUGGCUUCGUGUCAUCGCCGCGGUUUGGAGGAUCAGCGGCUUGGCUAGCAUCUUGCUCAGGAAGAAUUCCCCAUUCGGCACUAUGACUCAUCUCACCAUUCAGUCUCUUCGCGAGGUGUUCAAAGCCGUUUUCGAGUCGCCUGGCUUUGAUCGGGUGGUCAAUAAGCUAAAGGUCAUUUCUGCCAGCCCUGGAAAAGUUGUCUGUGAAAUGAAAGUUGAAGAACAGCACACAAACAGAGGAGGAACACUGCAUGGAGGCUUGACAGCAACUCUAGUAGACAUUGUGUCAACAGCUGCUUUACUGCAUACUGAAAGAGGAGCACCCGGUGUCAGUGUGGACAUGAACAUUACAUACAUGUCAUCAGCUAAGAUUGGAGAAGAGAUCCUGAUCACUGCUGAGGUCCUGAAGCAAGGAAAAACUCUGGGUUUUGCCAACGUGAAUUUAACAAGUAAGGCAACAGGAAGAUUGAUAGCUCAAGGGAGGCACACCAAGCACCUGGGACGCUAGUCAGAAAAAAAUUAAAAUUAAAAUCCUGGGAAGUCUGAGAAUGCAGGAUGGAGGAGCUGCAUUACAAGAAGUUUCAAAAAUUGAAGUGCAGCCAUUGGGUAGUGAAAUAACAUUACUAUUCUAAACUCUGUUGUUUAAAUUAAAUUGUUGGGCCAAGGUCAGACUUGUGGGUGUAUAAAUGUUAAUAUAUAUACAAAUGUCUGUGCAUAUUUAUACACACACACACACGUAAAGCUAUGUCUAGGGUGGAUGGCUUAGGUUUGCCCUUUAUUUGUUAGUGGAACUUACUUGUAAGUAAAUGUUUCUCCUGCUAGAAAAAAAAGUGUGGCGCAGCUAAUGAAAGUAUGAACCUGAAACACUGAAGAGAAGAUGCAAAGAAGACAGAGGGUUUUUCUAUUGAAACUUGAAGUUCCCUUUGAGUCUUGGUUGUGGGAGGGACAAAUGAUGACAGCUUCUAAGCACUGGGUUGAAUCAAGCAGAGAAGAGAGGCUGUUUUCCCAGAUGUGAUUCUUCCCCUGCAGCUCUGGGGGAAACAAACACUUGGUGAAGUGGUUUUGUAUCCUUGGGAAGAGCAUCAGAGGUUGUGCUGGGAGCUGCAGCAGGAGGGGAGGGUUUUCAAAAAGGUAGCCUGGGAUUCAGCCCAUAUGUUUGCAGGGGCUCCAGAUGUCUUUUAUAUUGCUUCCUUUAAAGCCAUGGGGUUCACCUGCUUCCUGUGUGUAUUUUUCUGAAUCCCGUGCUGAAUGUGUGCCCACCUAAUAAAGCAGGGUGAAAGCCCAAAAUCUUUUAAAUGGCAGUAUUCGUUCCAAGGGAAUUUGUUUUGUUAAAGGGUACUGAGUAGGAUGAGAAAACUUGCUAUUAUUCAAUAAAAUUUGUAUUUAGAAAAAAAUAAUUUCAAUGUAAAAUCAUUUUUGCCAGGUUUACCACAAGGAACACCACCAAGAACAUUUUAUCCCUUACUUCUGCACAUUUUCUUACAUCUUUUUAUUUAAAUCUGAAAGUGUAGAACAGUAUCCCGAAUCAGCUACACUUACUCAAGCUGAAUGCAGAAAAGGCCUACAUGGUGGUAGGAGAAAGCAGAAGCCGCUAGUGCAUGGCUUGGUCCCCUAUGAUCUUAUGCCUGUGGGACUGCUUGGUGUUCUGUUCCUCUGUGAUUACUUAGUGGUGUGUCAGCCACUGGAUUGCUCCUUCCACUGCUAAUUAUCCUACAACUGCACUGAUCUCUAGAAGGAUUUCUGAAAGGAAGAAACCACAUUGCAUUCCUCAGCUUGGCUUCUGCCUUGCUUGCGUUCACUGUUUUAUUGCAGUUAAGGGUGGGAUAUUCACUGCAGGUGGCAGGAUUUAACCUUGGUGUAUCUUGAAAAAAGGUAAGUAGGGUCAACCCUGGUUAGUAAUUGGAUGGUAGAUCACUGGGAAAUGUCAGGGCUGUAGGCUAUAUAUGCAAUCCAUUGGCGUCAAGCUACCUCAAGGGCAUCUUUACCUGGAAAGUAGGUUCUCUGGUUAAAGAAGAAAUAAUGUAUGUUUAGUAGUUAUUAAAAUUCCCUUCAGUGUGGCCCCUCCCUUAAAAAAAGCAAUCAUCCUUGCAUGUACAGAUUAAUUAGUUGAGUUGAUUAGCUCAACUUGCAUUUUGUUUUUGAAACUCUGUGGUGUUGUUCCAGUGGGGACAAUGGUAGUUUAGUCAUCUCUCCAUGAGAGGGGAAAUGGCACCGCAGCCGGAUCGGUGGUUGGCAGCAAGCACUGGCUGCCCAACUUGCUCUGGACCAAGGACGAAGCAAGAAAUUAACCCAUUUGGUCUCUGGGAUGGCCAUUCCUCGUAAACUAAUUGCAGAAACGGAAGCUUCUGCGAACAGCUUGCGAGCAAGUGGCUGGGAGGUGAGGGAUCCAUCUUCGUUCACAGCUGUGGUGCAGCCUUAAUAUGGACCCUAGAGCCGG